CCCCGCCGCUCGCGUCCCGCCGCCCGCCGCUGCGCUCCUCCGGCGCUUCCUUUUGUUUGUCCCUCACUGCACCACUUGGGCACCUCCACCCCGGAAGUGACGUCACCGCCGGCAUGCGAACGCCGCGGUGAGGGCAUCGCCAUCUUUGUGGGGGACCGCUCCUCGCGUCUUCAUCCCCAAUCAUCGCCCGCAGGCGCCAUGUUGCUUCGGGGCGGAAGUAGCGAAACCCGGAUUCAGCCCCCUUAAAGGGACAGGGACGACUGUAACCUCUGGGAUGCGCUAGGGGACAAGCAGUGAAGAGGCUGCGGCGGGGGUUGCCAUGGCCAAGCGGCUGCAGGCCCGAAGGCUGGACGGGCUCGACAAGAACCCAUGGGUGGAGUUUGUCAAGCUGACCAAUGAAAAUGAGACCGUGAACCUGGGCCAGGGCUUCCCUGACUUUGCACCCCCAAACUUUGCCACGGAAGCCUUUCAGCAUGCUGUCAGUGGGAACUUCAUGCUCAACCAGUACACCACGGCCUUUGGUUACCCACCGCUGACGAAAGUCCUAGCAGGUUUUUUUGGGAAGCUACUGGGCCAAGAGAUGGAGCCGCUCAAGAAUGUGCUGGUGACUGUGGGUGCUUACGGGGCCCUAUUCACAGCCUUCCAGGCCCUGGUGGAUGAAGGAGAUGAGGUCAUCAUCAUUGAACCUUAUUUUGACUGUUAUGAGCCGAUGACAUUGAUGGCAGGGGGUCGCCCUGUGUUUGUACCCCUGAAGCUGAGCCUCUCCCAGGACGGGGAACUAGAUUCCAGCAGCAACUGGCAGCUGGACCCCACAGAGCUGGCCAGCAAGUUCACAUCUCGCACCAAAGCUCUGGUCCUCAACACACCCAGCAAUCCCCUGGGAAAGGUCUUCUCCAGGUCAGAACUGGAGCUGGUAGCCAGCCUGUGCCAGCAACAUGACGUGGUGUGCAUCAGUGACGAGGUCUACCAGUGGCUGGUCUUCGACGGGACCCAGCACAUCAGCAUCGCCACCCUCCCUGGCAUGUGGGAACGCACCCUGACCAUUGGCAGUGCUGGCAAGACCUUUAGCGCCACUGGCUGGAAGGUGGGCUGGGUCCUGGGCCCAGAUCAUCUCAUGAAGCACCUGCAGACUGUUCACCAGAACUCUGUCUUUCAUUGUCCCACACAAGCCCAGGCUGCAGUAGCCUGGAGCUUCGAGCGGGAGGAGCAGUGCUUUGGCCAGCCCAGCAGCUACUUUGUGCAGCUCCCACAGGCUGCACAGCACAAACGGGACCACAUGAUACGCAGCCUGCAGUCAGUGGGCCUGAGGCCCAUCAUCCCCCAGGGCAGCUACUACCUUAUCACAGACAUCUCAGACAUCAAGAGCAAGAUGCCCAACUUGCCUGGUGCCACAGAUGAGGCCUAUGACAGACGUUUCGUCAAGUGGAUGAUCAAGAACAAGGGCUUGUCAGCCAUCCCAGUCUCCAUCUUCUACAGUGAGCCACAUCAGAAGCACUUUGACCACUAUAUCCGCUUCUGCUUUGUAAAGGAUGAAGCCACGCUUCAGGCCAUGGACGAGAAGCUGCAGAAAUGGAAGGCUGAGCUCACUCCCUGAAGUUGCUUCAUUGGCCCUGUCCCAUCCUGUUCCUGCCUGCUGUGCAGGGAUCUGUGUUUGUUCAGGUUUCAGCCAUUCCCAGGUUGUGGGUAGAUGGUACUGGGGGAACCCCUUCUAUGUGACCCAGAAUGUCCCCAGAGAAGAGCCCCACUUCUAGGCCUUGGGGAGCCAAGAGUCCCCUCCUGAUAGUGCCUACACUCCUGUCUUCAAGUGACCUGGGCUUCACCCUGCCCCUCCCUAGGUCGGGUAGUAAGUAGGGCCUUGGGUCCCCUCUGGCCUUCCCUGACUUGGCUGGGAUUCAGAGGGCAGAGUCCAGCAAUAUAUUAGGCCUCAAAUCCCAGCCCUGCACUGUUCUCAGAGAAGGUUCAGGCAUCCCCCUGCCUCUCCUCAUCUAACCUUGACUUGAGAAGUUGCCUGUAGACUUGAAUUCUCCAGCCAGUAGUUUGCUUGAAAUAAAGUUUUAGGUUA